ACUGUCGUUUAACUUGUGAAGGAUGGUAUGAGGAACACACAACACUAUCAGUGAUGUCAUUUACGUGAUAGCUCCGUUAAUAUCGAACAACGAGGCUUUCAAUAUCUGUAAACUUCCUGACAGGUAUUUCUACAGCAAUACAAAUGUGGCGACUUCACGAACACCGACAAAAGACCCAGCCCCAAACUCUCCCUGGUGUACAUGUGCAGUAGGUAUUCACAUCGCCGCUGUUGUGUUGUAACGAGCUGUUGAAUUUUAAACUGAGAGCAGGAGAGUUUUACCCGUACACGGAAGUAGAAACAGACCGGUUCUCCGAGGAACGCCUUUGUGUCUGACCAGACCCCCAAGGAGAGAUAUGGCAAAAGGGGUCAUAGUGACCCUCCUCCUGUUGGUAGUUGUCAACAAAGGGGAGGAUCUUAUAACCUCAACUGAACAGCUAACCUGGACGGAGGCACUCACGUUCUGCAGGAACCGUAACUCUAGCCUGAUCCCGGGGACCAGGGCGGGCUUUCCUAUUCCCCACUGGACGGGAUACCACCACCGGCUCUCCGACUGGAUCCACGUCCUGGGUUGUUAUGACGACCAGGAUAUACGUGACCUUGAGGUUCCGCCCUCAUACACACUGGACAGGGGCUCGGUGGGCCUCUGUCAGGAAAGGUGUGGGUACAGGAGCUUUGCCUUACAGGGCACCACAUGCCUGUGUUUGAGGGAGUCUCCAAAUAUUGAGGGCGUGUCCCCUUCUCGCUGUGACCGGAACUGCUCUGCUGACGAUGAUAGUCACGUGAACGACUGCGGAGGAAGCGACACCUUCAACGUUUACAGAGUCACACCCAGAGAGCAGUUCCAGAGCGAGGUCACGGUGAACUGCCUGGUGUUGGGAUGUUACGAGCAAUGGAGUCAGAUCCACACGGACAACUGUACCGAGGAUCUCGGUCGUAUCUGCCAGUCCGAAGCAAGUACAAAUAAAUCGCUUGCUCCGGAUGAAAAGAAUUUUAAAUCUUGGAGCGAGACGUAUGUAGAGUGCAGGGACAGAAUGGGCUACAUGUACGGGAACAUCAGUCUGAGUGAGGACUCGGGGAAACUGUGUAGGCGGCUGUACGACAUCCGGAGUAACACACCGGAGACCUGGCUGGGGGUGGCCAGACAGGUGUUCCUCACCACCGACAGAGGAAGAGACUCAUUCGGAUACUUGUUGGAUUGCAGUAUUUGUUUUGAGCAGUCGGCGGGAUGUUUGUAUGUUACAGAGUGUAGUAGUACCUCACGGAAAGCAACAGCAGUGUGUGGAAAUACUGACCAUCUGUCUGUACCUGUAGUGACAUCAACCACAUCAGAGACACCCACACAGACCCCGGCUCCAAAAACAGGCGACGAUGAUAAUUCAGGUCAAAUUGUUGCAAUAGUUGUUCCUGUCCUGAUUUUGGUGGCUCUGUUCGCUGGUAUUGGUAUUUUCGUCAUCAGAAGACGUAGAAAGAAUUCUGAUAUUCCUGAUGGUAACACUGCAAAAAAGUACAACAGUAACAUUUUAUAUGAGAUCAACCAGAGCAAAGGGCCUCAAAUACCAUUCACAGUGACCGAAAAACCCAAAAACUUUGAAAAUCGCCGUAGUAGCGAAACAAAAGACCAACACAUUUAUCACGAAAUAGAAUCUAAAGAGGACAAGUUAGUAAUGUCCGAACCAGUCGACAGAAUCCCUCCCGGUGUCGAGUCAAAAGAAGUUAAUGGUCUCACUGAGAAGGAAGCUCACACACGGCAUACUGUGAAUGAGAAGACAGUGACUGCAUCGCAGAAAUCCCAGGGCGGGACCGAGUCAACAAAAAGCACUGUAUUAAGUUCUGAUGACGACAACAAACAGCCAACCGUAACGACACCGGAAAGAGGGGACGGACCGGAAGUGAAACAGAAUACUGACAGUCUCGAUGUUGUCAAAGAUGACGAUAAACAGGAGGCAGAUGAUCAUAUUAUGCGUCAACCGUAUACAAAGAAAAUAGAAGACACUCUCAAGACAACAGAGAACACAGGAAUAAACUUACCGGUAUACCACAAUGAAACAGAAUCAAAGCCCACUCCUUCAAAUGAUGCGAGACCCCCAGCCGAGAAACCCGUAAACAAGAAAAAUGUUUCUGUUAUACAAGUCCGCAAAUUCUAAAGCACUAGUACUCUCUAGGCUAGCCACGGGAUUUUGGCCCAUUCGGUUCCCGGACAAAAAGAUGAAUUCAAAGCUUCACUGCUUCCUUAGCAUAAUAUAUGUACAGUACUUUGCUUUUGUGUUCUACUCUUACCCAAUAUUCAAGAUUGUUGUGGAUACUUUUUAUCAGAUCCCGAAUUUAUCAGACGUUGUGUAAAUGUAUUUAAUGUAUUUUUAAAAAUGUGAAUAUACAUGUACAUGUAGAAAUUGCAUUAUAUUUUUAAUUAAAGCAAUAUAUUUUA